UUAAAACGGAUACCAAUGUAAUCAGGUAGCGCUACAAUCUGUUGCAGGUAAAGGGAAAACAAAGUUUGGUUACCUUGUGUAAUCAGGUUGCCCAAGAGGAAGUAGGGAAUGACCGAUGAGUGCCGGUGGCGGAGACACUCUAGAGCAUGCACUAUGGCAAAAAUAGCACAAAGGAGACAUCAAUUUUACUGACUCAGAAACAAAACGCGUUACUAACGUGAAAUUUGUAACGUGUCCAAUAUAGACGAGUCACUCACAUCUCUUGGAGGCAUAUACGAUAGACGUGGCUAUAGAAAACGCGUCACCGGUAUAUGACCGUGAAAUCUAGAUAAGAUAUUAGUGACUCGUGAAUAACUCUUGUCAGUAAGAGCUUGGAACCAAAAUAUAUAUUCAUUGCAGCGGAUACGCAAUUCAAAUCCGGAUCCUCUCGCCCCUCCUGUCGUGAGCUCCCAAAGUCCGAACACAUCUGCUCCACUGCUAUCGUUCGCCGCCGCUGCCACCAAUACAGCCCUUCCUCCACAGCCACUGCAAGAUCUCCAGGCCAAAGAUCCACGGAGGCCAUGACACCUCGUCCCACCUUUGUUGUAUCCACACCUCCUCUCUCUCUCUCUCUCUCUCUCUCUCUCUCUCUCUCCGCUGCCUCCAUUUGCACCACCAGCUCGACCGGCCGAGGGUGGCCGGAUCCAUGGCGUCGUCUCCUGCACCCCCACCAUGCCUUCAUGCUCAUCUCCAUGGUACCAGAAAGGCACACACCGGCGCCACCGCCACUAAACCCACUGGCGGCAUAUCUGAGAACGUAGCAGCGAACCACCACCAGAAGACCAGGUCUGCCAUCCUUGUACAGGCAGCCCCAGUCGUGUCCUCCACAGUCCACACGUACCGGCGCCCUGCACUAUAGUUGCUGCAAUGGCGGCGGCGCUUGCUGCAUCAUCAGCAGAGGCGGCUCUUCUUCUCCUAGUAUUAUUGGUACGACUCGCCGCGGUGGCGCUGAGAUGCGGCGAGGGGCUGAGCCUGGCUUUGUAUGACGAGAGCUGCCCGGAGGCGGAGGCGGCGGUGACGGCGGCCGUGCGGCAGGCCAUGGCAAACGACCGCACCGUGGCGGCUGGGCUCCUCCGAAUGCAUUUCCACGACUGCUUCGUCAGGGGCUGCGACGGCUCCGUUCUGCUGGACUCGACGGGCACCGUGACGGCAGAGAAGGACGGCCCGCCCAACGUCUCGCUGCACGCUUUCUACGUCAUCGACAACGCCAAGCGGGCCGUGGAGGCCCAGUGCCCCGGGGUCGUCUCGUGCGCCGACAUCCUCGCGCUCGCCGCAAGAGACGCCGUCGCGCUGUCCGGUGGUCCGUCGUGGGUGGUGGCCUUGGGGCGGCGGGACGGGCGCGUGUCGCGGGCCAACGAGACGACGACGCUGCCGGGGCCGACGGCUAGCUUUGAGCAGCUGAAGCAGGCGUUCCACGGCCGCGGGCUGUCCACCAAGGACCUGGUGGUGCUGUCGGGCGCCCACACGCUGGGCUUCGCGCACUGCUCCUCCUUCCAGAACCGCAUCCGGCUCCAGGACCAGGGCACCGACGCCGACGACCCUUCCCUGAGCCCCUCCUUCGCCGCCGCCCUCCGCCGUGCGUGCCCCGCCAACAACACCGUCCGCGCCGCCGGGUCCGGCCUGGACGCCACCUCCGCGGCCUUCGACAACACCUACUACCGGAUGCUGCAGGCCGGCCAGGGCCUGCUCUCCUCCGACGAGGCGCUGCUCACGCACCCCAAGACGCGCGCCUUCGUCGCGCUCUACGCCGCGUCGCAGGAGGCCUUCUUCAGGGCCUUCGCCAAGUCCAUGCUGCGGAUGGCCGCGCUCAACGGAGGCGACGAGGUGCGAGCCAACUGCAGGCGCGUCAACUCAUCAUGAUCCGGACCAUCCCAUCCGAUCCACUGCUGUGUUCCCCUUUUGGAUUCAUUGUUUAUUGCUGUCUCGACCAUUCGUCUGACUAGUUUGGUCGAGGGUAUAAAAUUUAGGGAGAAUUGGAUGCGGACACGUAGAAUGGUGACCAUUUGUCAACAGACAUUAGGAAAAAUUAGAUUGUUCAAAGACACUCCGUUUCUUGUCAAAAUUGCUAGCGGACACUACGUCUAAUAAAACAUUAUUACAAAAUAGAUAUAAAAUCAUAUAAAUGCUAGAAAAUUAUACUAUAGAUUUUUUUACACUCUACAUGAUGAGAACUAUAGUGUAAAAAUAUUGUUGUACUGAAAUAACCAUUUUGCCCCUCUUCAUAAAUAGACAAAGAUAACCAUGGUUAAUUAGUUAAUAUAUUAGUAAGAUACUAAAAUUACUAAACAAUAUUUUUACACUAUAGUUCUCAUCAUGUACGGUGUAAAAAAUAUAUAGUAUAAUUUUCUAGCACUUAUAUGAUUUUAUAUCUAUUUUGUAAUAAUAUUUGAUUAGACGUAGUGUCCGCAAGCAAAUUUGACAAGAAACGGAGUGUCUUUGAGCAAUCUAAUUUUUUCUAGUGUCCGCUGGCAAAUGGCCACCAUUCUGCAUGUCCCACAGCCAAUUCUUCCUAAAAUUUAACAGGGAUCACAGUAUUUUCGUUUUAGGCCCUCUUUAGUUACUCGCCUAAAAGUUUUUCAUU